AGUCUAAAGCAGAAGCUAUCAUUUCUUUAUGAUCGUAUUUGCUCAGUAAACUUCGUCGUCUUUAUGAAAUGAUUGUGUAUGCACUUUGUUUUUUAUUCUAGGGACAUUUUAUUUUUUAUGACAACCGGUUAAAUUGGUUCAGGUGCGUCACCUAAUUUCUGCUGCGUAAAAAAGACCUUGUGCGCCUUUUUGGGUGUUAUUUAAAAAUAAAUAAAAAUAAAUAAAAAAAAAUGGUCGCGUGCGUGUGUAGGUCAAGGUAGAAGCGGCUUUAACCUUGCUGAAGGACAGCUGUAUUUACUGACGUAUGUAAAUGAAUAUAGGGGAGGUCCUUGGGCAAAAACACGCACACAGGCACACACACUGAAUCAGUUUCACGUUGCAGCUCCGGAGUUCCUGUGUGGAAGGGAAAAACGAGACGUGGCGAAAUCUGCUCAGCAAACCAUGCAGGAUGAUUUACUGAUGGACAAAAACAAAGCCCAGCCUCACCAUCAGCAAGAUCCGACGCAAGCAGACCCUCCUCCCUCCACACCGACCCCGUCAUCGGAGCCCGCUUCUUCUUCAUCCGAGUCGGAGAGUCCGUCGACCGGGAACAACCAAGCGGCUUCAGCGCUGAGCAGCGGCAGCAAGGACAAAGCGCCGAUGGAGUCGCCGAUCCUACCCGGCUUGAGCUUCCACCACCAGCCGCAGGAGACCGGCGGCCCCCUUUCCUCCCCUCCGUCAUCGUUUGGGAGCACUUGGUCCACUGGAACCACAAAUGCCGUGGACGAUAGCUUUUUCCAGGGAAUACCCUCGGUGAACGGGACGAUGCUUUUCCAGAACUUCCCCCACCACGUCAACCCGGUAUUCGGGGGUAAUUUCUCUCCGCAGAUCGGUCUGGCUCCCCAGUCGCAACAGCAUCAGCAGCAAGCCCAGCAGCAGCAGCAGCCCCAGCAGAGGAGGUCCCCCGUCAGCCCCAACCAAGGGCCGUUCCCACAGAGAAACGCUUAUCAGACCAUCAUGAAUAACAGCAAGGGGACCCCGUCGUCGUCUUCUCCUUCGUCGUCCGCUUGGAAUAAUCACCAAAACGCGGGGUGGAGCACAGCCUCGAACCCCUGGAGCGGGCUGCAGCCAGGCAGGGACCCACGCAGAGCGGUGGGUGUCGGGGUAGGGGUCGGGGUUGGAGUCGGCGUCGGAGUGCAGUCACCCCUGAACCCAAUCUCCCCAAUGAAAAAGCCCUAUAGCAGCAAUGUUAUAGCACCCCCAAAAUUCCCACGACCCGGUCCACUCGGCCCCAAACCCUGGAUGGAGGACAGCGCAUUCAGGACUGACAACAGCAACAACAUACUGCCUUUCCAGGACCGGAAUCGGCCCUUUGAUGCUUUUAGCUUGCACUCUUUGGAGAAUUCCUUAAUGGAUAUGAUAAGGACUGACCAUGACAAAGGUAAACCACACCCUGCCGGUGGCCCACCAAUGACUAUCGCUGAUAUUAUAUGGAGGAAUCAUUUUGCAGGACGUAUGGGCCUCAACUUCCAUCAUCCUGGGGCGGACCACAUAAUGUCAUUGAACACCCGGAGCUAUGGCCGAAGAAGAGGUCGUUCCUGUCUUUUUCCCUAUGAAGACGGCUUUCUUGAUGACGGCCAUGGUGAUCCCUCCUUAACUCCGGGCCUGAACUCGCCAACCCGCGGUCAGAACGGAGAGAGGAUGGAGCGCUACUCCAGGAAGGUCUUUGUUGGAGGCCUCCCCCCUGACAUAGACGAAGAUGAAAUCACCAACAGUUUCCGUCGCUAUGGGCACCUGGUGGUAGACUGGCCCCACAAAGCUGAGAGCAAAUCCUACUUCCCCCCUAAAGGCUAUGCCUUCCUGCUUUUCCAGGAAGAAUCUUCUGUUCAGGCCCUGAUUGAUGCCUGCAUUGAGGAAGAUGGAAAACUCUACCUGUGUGUAUCCAGUCCCACAAUCAAAGACAAACCAGUCCAGAUCCGUCCCUGGAACCUGAGCGACAGUGACUUUGUCAUGGAUGGCUCCCAGCCUCUGGAUCCCCGCAAGACCAUCUUUGUUGGGGGGGUGCCACGGCCCCUGCGUGCAGUGGAGCUGGCUAUGAUCAUGGACAGGCUGUACGGAGGUGUUUGCUAUGCUGGCAUCGACACGGACCCGGAACUCAAAUACCCAAAGGGGGCCGGCCGCGUGGCCUUCUCCAAUCAGCAGAGCUACAUUGCUGCCAUCAGCGCUCGCUUCGUUCAGCUGCAGCACAAUGACAUCGACAAAAGGGUGGAGGUCAAGCCGUACGUCCUGGAUGACCAGAUGUGCGACGAGUGCCAGGGGGCACGCUGUGGGGGCAAGUUCGCCCCCUUCUUCUGUGCCAACGUCACCUGCCUGCAGUACUACUGCGAGUACUGCUGGGCCAGCAUCCACUCACGAGCCGGCCGAGAGUUUCACAAGCCACUGGUGAAGGAAGGGGGCGACCGCCCUCGACACGUGUCCUUCCGCUGGAGCUGAGGGAGUUGGUUGAGUCCAAGAGCCAGCCCUGCCUAACCCCCCCCCCGGCCCCUCCUCCCCAGUGAACCCACGCCAACCUGCCCCCAAAAAAUCCUCCUGCAGCCCGGGACAGCGCUGGAACCCUCCUCCCCAAAGCCCCAUCCAUCCACCCUGCAUCCCACAAACACCUCAUGAUAAAAAAGGCAGAAGUGAUACCAUCAAACACAUGGGACUUUCUUCACAGCACACAGCUCUGAACUCAUCGUCUCGUGUUCCCCCCGACGAUGAAGCUUUGUGGGGGAAUUGAAAUGCGAAAGUCCAUGAGCUUAGAAUUUGCACUUUGGCACAAAAUCUUACUAAACACACACACAAACACACACGCACACACACACAGGAUGGUAUGUUAGACCCCUGGCUACUUUUAGUUCCCUGUUCUGUUGACUAGGUGGUGUGGUACGUCCUGUUGGACCUCCCUCCCCUUUACUAAGACAGAGGUGGGACCAUGCAAAUAUUUAAAAUAUAUAUAUAUAAAUAUAUAUAAAUAUAUAUAUUUUGUUUUGUACCUAUCUAUACAUCUAUAGAUAAUUUAAAUUUUACGUAAAAGGAGCAUGCACUUAUUUUCAAAACCUGUAGUUAUAUUGCCCCUGAUUUAAGAAGAAAAAAGAACUACCAAAGGCAAAUGAAAUUAAUGCAUACAGAGGAGCAAAAUAGGUGGCAUAAGAUGUAGCAAGAUUUAACAACUAUCCAGUAGUGUGGAGUUAAAAAGAAAAAAAAUAACACGGCUAUAUUCGCUCUCCAUUGUGACUCUGAAAAUAUUAAUACCUCAUAUGCGCAAUCAGAUCAGUUUGCUUUCUAGGUCUUUAUUUUUGAUAAUAACAUUAUUUUUUAGUGUUAUGUAAAUGUAAUGCUGCAAUAGCUUUGCUGCUAAAUCCAUGGUAUAAACUGAUACCAUAACUUUAUUCAGGCUAGGGUGUAAAAUAACAACAGAUGUAGAGAGAAGCACCUGGUGGGUUUUUUUACGUUUUCUUUUUUUUUUCUCCUAAAUUAAAUGACGAGCCGUCGUAGGGGGAGGGGGUGCCCCCAGGCAGAGACGGCUAACUUUUGUGUGUGUGUGUGUGCGUGUGUGUGUGCGUGUGUGUGCGCGCGUGUGUGGGGACCGGGUGGGGGGGAUGGGGAGGGUCGCCCCCUAACUGCAUGUUUAUUUCAAUCAGGUUGCUGCAUGCAAUAGACUUUUUCAAUAUCACGUCUAACUAUUCGAUUCUGCCCAUGUUUGCACAGCACACUAGACGUACGUUUGACUCACACCAAACUGGACAGAUACAGGGAAAGGCUGGUCAGAGGAACCAGAGGGUUCCUGCACAAACAGGCAUCCAGAUAAUAAGAUAAAGACAAAACCUUAAUAAUCACAAAUCCAAAAAAAAUGUAGGAUUACCAUUAAAACAAAAAAACAGUCUGAUAGGUGAAGUACUUUUUUUUCCUUUUUGCAGUGAUUGUUGAUAGAAUUGUGCAAUUUUUUAUACAGUACGUAGUUAGGUCUGAGUAUGCCUAGAACUGUGAUUCGCUUUAACUGUCGUCAGUGUCCGACAUAGAAGUCCUGUGAAAUGUCAUAACUAGUGUAUGCACACGUAUAUAUGUUCUCUUGUACACACACCUACAUGCACACACGUACACACACACACUCUUGCACCAGUACACACAGAAGUCUCUCACAUGUGUACUCGGAUGGCUGUCGUUCUUUUAUUUUUUUAAAUGCACAUUAACUGGGUCAGAGGAGACGCAACCAAUGUGAGCUUAGACUGAGAACUGAGUUGAAAUUAUCCUUUUUUAAUUUUUCCACCAUUGAGAAAAAGCGCACGUUUACGUCCCAGAGUGCAACCAAAGAGCUCACGUGUUAGACUUUGUUUAACAGAGACCACCUGACACACGGGAUGAGGAAACUGGACGGUACGUGGGCGCAGUAGAUUGGAUGAGGGAAAAAAAAAGAGAGGCGAUUAGGGGCGAGGAGUCAAACUUAACACUGAAGCUACUGGACACUUGAUAAACUGAGCCCUGCACAUGCUCUCAAUAAUGGGAAGGGGUAGGGAUGGGUGGGAAGGAGGAGCGUUGCCGGAACAUGCAGAUGUGCAAACUGGGAUUACCACAUUUAUCCAGAUUUUUAUUUUCCUGCAAAGCUUGAAGUAAUGGACCUGCUUAAAAAAAAGAAAAAAAGGUGGACAUAUAGAUAUAUAUUUUUGUUUUUAUCAAAAGGUUAUGGUGCAGUUUAAACAGGAACGGGCGGGUGGGUGGAUGCAAUGCAUAGAAACUUUAAGUAUUGACUGCUGAAGACGGGGAGGGUAUGCUUUUUUUUUUUUUUUUUUUUUUUUGGGAGGCUGGGCCACAUUACACUGGUUUUAGCAGUUUUGUGGACAAUCUGAACGGGAUCCUACAUCAUUGCGAGUUAACGUGUGUUACCCCUUCCCCUUUCCUUAAUUCCGUGAGUUGUGAUUGGCGCCCCUGCAGUCCCUCUCCUCUCUUUUCAUUUUACUCAGUUAAACUGUGUGUUUUUUUUCACCAAGAAAUCGAAACUAAGCAACAAUAUGUUUUUCUUCUUAACUGAGGCUAACCAUGAGUAAUAAUAAGCAUCCCUAUGAAAGUGAAUUCUGGGUGUUUUUUGUGACAUUUCUUUCCCCACCCAGAAAAAAAAAGGUUUUCUAUGUUUGUUCCUUCUCUAUAAUAGCUAUUUGUUAUGCACUACUCUUUGUAUCUGACCAGUUUUCAACAGUCAGCUGUUCUUUUUGUUAAAAGACAAAAAAAAAGAGAUAAAGUGUGCUUUCUGACUGACAAGAUCUUUUGCAAUACCUCAAUUUUGAAAUAUAUUAGGAGAGAAACAGAUAUUUUCUAAGUAAGUUUAUUCAGAUGAGAAAUAUAUAUUAAUUUAAUUCUUCAAGAGAAAUGAUUUAACAGAUGGUUGAUUUUUCUUUUUUAAAUCUUAUCAUGCUUUUUUUAAAGUUUGCUUUUAUUUUAAGAAUUAAUUAUUUUAUUUUUUUGGAAAAAGACAACAACUGAAGGAGCUAGAGCUUUAUACUAAUAAUAUGUAGUUAGUGAGAGUCUACUUUAUUACAGUGGCAGCGAGGGCGAGCGCCCCACUGGUCGAAUCAGUCGAAACAUCGGAGGGAGGAGAGCUCUUUAAGGAAAUCGAAUAUAAGGUGCUCAAAGAGGAAAACGAAACAUAUUUCCCACCUUUUUGUAUAUUUAUAAUCAAUCAUUUACUAUGCUGACCAGAGUUGUGAAAGAGAUCUUCUGUUCGUUAUUUUUUUAAGAGAAGUUUUUUAUGUUUCCUAAACGUUUGUGCUCCCUUUUUUUGUUUUUGUAAGAAAAAAAGAGGAAAAAAAAGCAACCCCGAUUCGUUAGCCCGACGAGAAAGACUUGUGAGAGUCACGGCUGGAGGUAGAGAGAAAAGAAUGUGAUUUUUACCACAAAACAGACACAAGUGUUUCACCUGUAACUUGAUCGGAAGCCCCCAAGGUGCAUCAAUAGACUGGUGGCCUUCUAUUCACGCAAGACUUGAAUUAGUCCCAUUUUUUUUAAAAGGCUAACAACCUUGAUUCUUUGUCGUAAUGUGCAAUACUGUUUGUACUGUUUGUAGAAAAGAAGAAAACAAGAAAAAAGAGGCAUAAAUCUUUACUGCAGAAUUAUUUUCAUUGCAAGCAUUGUGAUUCACUAAAAAUCAUUUUCUACUGUGUAUUUACCUACUCUACCUGCUAGUACCUUCCAGUAGUAAUGUAGCCUUUGUACUGAGAAAUUUUCAUUAUUUUUAGAAAGUUUUGCUAAAAAACAAAAGAAGAAUUUAAACAUAUUUACAUAUUUUCAUUUUUAUUUCAUGUUUUUUCUUUACAGACUUAUUUCUCAACCAUUAAUAGUUAUUUCUGGGGGAGACUUUCAUAUCUGGUCAAUGUCAUUAAUAUUAUUUUGUAUUUUUACUUGGAAUAAAUUAAUUUUUAUUAUGCUAAUUCUUUAAAAGUUUAUUUUUUUUUCCAUUUGUUCACUUUUUCAUUUUUUUGGAAGCUAUGAAAAAACCCCUUUGUAAUAUUGUUACUAAAGUGUCUCGUUUCUUGAAAUGCUAAGCUUUAUGUGUUAUAACUUGCUGAUGUUGCUUACAUUAGUGUGAAAAUGAUCUAAAGAUGAAAAAAAAACUACUCACAAAGAAACAGAUUGGUGGUUGGUGAUGUUUAAGUGAUUCGCAAUGUAAACAGAUGAAUGGGCAAUAAAAUAAAAAUGGCAGAAUGGAGCAUA